CGAGGCGGCCUCUCCCCCAGGCCGGGCCGGGCCUCGGCCCCUCUCGCCCGUGGGGGCUGGGAGCCUGAGGGGCCCUCCUGAGGCCGGGCUGGGCCCACCACGGCGGCUCCGCGAGGCCCUCAGUGGCGGGGGCGCGACGUCGGGCCGGUUGUGGGGCUGUCGCCUUGCCCAGGGAGGGGCCCACAGCCAUUGGGUUGCGUGGUGACGCCUGAUGAGGAUCUAGAGCUGUCUUAAGGUAUAAACCAUGAGUUCUCCUCUUUCCUCCCUGGGAAAGCACCGCAGAGUCCCACUGCAGCUCCAGAGGCCAGGGAAAAGGACAGUGCCAUUUAAACUGAGUGCCUACAAUGAGGAUGAAGCUGAGCUGCUGAAUGACAUCCUGUCUCCUAGAACAAAGUUUCCAGUGCAAGACAUUUCCCCUUCCUGCUCAAAAGGAACAGCAACAAAAACAAGUACCCAUGGGGCAGCUCCGACUGACAUGGAGCUCAUGUCCUCCAUGAUGCAAAAAAUUGCUUUGUUGGAACAAAAAGCAAAGAGCCAAGCACAAGAAAUCCAGCUGAAGGCUAGAAAGAUUGCUGAGCUUGAGAAGCAGGUGCAGAUCCUCCAGAAAGGAAAAGAUUCCCCGGAGUCGAGCAGAAUAGAGGAGCUGGAGGUGAAGUGUCUUCAGCUGCAGAAUCAGGUCUGGGAAAUGGAGCGGUUUCUGAAUGAUUAUGGAUUGAUCUGGGUUGGAGAGAGGAAUGAACAGCUGGAAGAAUUGAAAUCAUUGAAGAAGCAGGAAGAUCAGCCAUCAAGAGGUCUCUGGAAACCAGGUGACUCAGCUGUUUCCAAGAACCCGAUCGAUUUUGAUUUAAUUUUGGAAAACCUGAAAGAUUUAAACAUGCUGGCUGGGGAAGGUGUGUCUCAAAUUGAGCGCACAGCAGGAGGUGCUAGACUGAGGCAGCCCCAAUCGAUAGCCCUCACUUUUUAUCAGAAUGGGAUAGUCAUGUUCAAUGGACCCUUCCGGUCGUACGAGGAGCCGUCCACGCAGCAAUGUCUUCAGGAUAUCAUGGAUGGCUAUUUUCCCUCAGAGCUACAGACGCGCUACCCGGAUGGCGUUCCUUUUCAGGUCACUGACAGGAGAGACGUUUUCUUUCGGGAGAGGCAGCUACCAGAGAACUUUCCUGGCCAGGGGCAGGUAGUUGGCCAUUCGAGGUCAAGUGAGGUAAAGGAAACCAGUGAGAUCCCAGGUCCCAGGCUCUCACUGGAGCAGUUUCUGAACAAACUUCCUAAAUCCUUGAUCCGGGAGGGACAAGUGAUUGAUAUCCGAGGGCCAAUCAAAGAAACUCUGCAGGGCUCUGAUGGGACACGUAGCAAUGAAGUGAUCCUGGUGGAGACGCCCAGCCUGAAAGCAAUGAAGGAGAGGUUGAAGGCAGACGAACAGGACCAGCCUCCAGCCCCCAACAUCUCCACUCUCCGGAUAAAAUCUGAGAAUGGGGAGCAGACGUACAUUGUAAAAAUGCUCUUCACAGAGACCAUCGGAGACCUGCGCCAGCACCUCGCCCAGAGCAGGGGUGGAGAACCACAGCCGUAUGAGAUCAUCAGCACCUUUCCCCAGAGAGUGUAUGCGGACAACUUCAUGACCCUGCAGGAGUGUGGACUGAUUCCCAACGCCUCCCUUCUACUGCGGGAAAAGCUCUCUUUGGCCAAGGAGGGACAGGGCCACAGAUAGUUUAACAGCUUCAAAUGAGCCAGUUGGCCUUGCAACUGCUACUUCACAUGUGAAGUAAUUUGCUUUCCUCCCCACCCAUCCGCUUCUCCAUCAUGGGCUCUACGAUAAGGCACGAGGAAGGAACAGCCUUGCACAAUCUGAUAAGCUGCAACCUCUCCCUUACUCAAGGGGGAAGGAGGGUGGGGUGGUCUUUCCAGAUUCAGUUGAACUGCAUUGUUACCUGGGCCUACCACCUCCCGUAGGCAAAGCAAGGGGGAGAAAUAGCCCUGGAGAUCUCGCCCCUCCCUGCACUGUGAUGAGACAAGGCCACACACCCUGCCAGUCUGGAUCCUAGCAGCCUACCUGUGUAAAUAUUACCCUGGGGGACGUGUAGCCAAGCUGGGUUUCUCUCCACCUUUGCUGAAGGUCACAUGAGCUUUUUGCUCCUCAGAGGUUGCAGUGAGUUCAGUUCAACACCUGUGUCCUCAUCUGCAGGUCCCUUAUGUCUACACUGCAAUAAAAAAACUGGCACCAGUCUCAGAGCCCACAUCAACUGAGUUGGGGUCAGGAUGUGGGGCUGCAACUAGCAGCAUAGAUGAUCAAGUGUGGCCUGGAGCUGGGGCACUGAGACCCCCACCCGUUUGUGGGGGUUCCAGAGCCCAGGCUCCAGCCCAAGCCUGAAUGUCUACACUGCACUCUUCAGUCAGCUGAGCCAGGCCAGAUGGGGCCAUACCCUGGUCUUUUAUUGCGGAGUAGACAGCCUUCAAGAAGUAAGUGUAUAUACAGCAUAGGUGAAAUGCUGUAAGGGCCCUCCCAGCUCGGUUACGGUGCAGUUUCCACAUGCAUCUGCUCUCUUGGUUAGGGCUAGAUUCUGAUCUCCCGCUGGUGUACAAAUGAGCUGAACUAUUAAAGUCCAUAGGGUUACGCUGGACUGAGUGGAAUCAGGCUCUGAGUCAUUUGCAGCACUGAGACGCAGCCAGAGCCACUCCAGCGAGGAGGUGCCAAUCCUUACCUAUCCUCUACAUGAACCACUUCUGCCUUUAAACAGACCCCACGUGUCCAGUGUUAACAGCCUACAAAUCUGUAUGGCUGAGCCUGAUCACCAUAGUGCCAACCUCUGCCUUCCCCCCAGUUGUCGGCCCUGUGGCAAACAAGUGCUGUCACAUGAGACCUAGCACCCCAUUUCUGUCCUGGGUUAGGGCCCAGGUCUCGGGCUUUGUACCCUGUUGUCAUUUAUCCCCUGGGCAAAGUACUAUCCAGUCAGCUGAGGAGCGCUGUUCUUCACGUGGCGUGUCAUUUCCAUGUGUGCAAAGUACAAGCUGGGAGGGGUGCAGGCCUUGAGAGUUAAGGCCCCAAGCCCCCUUCUGUAUCAGCCUAGUUCACUAAAGGACAGAGGACACAAUCUCUGGGACUGGUUUACAGGGCUGCCCGGGGAGGGGGGCAAGUGGGGCAGUUUGCCCUGCAGGGGCCCCGUGAGCCCUGGCCCAGCAUCCCUUCCCUGGCUAGAGGCGCCUUUUUAAUUUUCACUCACCCGGCGGAGGGCUGGGUCUUCGGCACUUUGGCGGCGGGGGGCCCUUCAGUGGCUCCAGGUCUUCAGCAGCAUUUUGGCAGUGGAUCCUUCAGUGCUGCUGAAGACGCGGAGUGAAUGAACGACCUGCCACAGACUUGGGGCACCGCCCGCUGAGUACAAGCGCCGCAGCAGCUGGCGCAUUUUUUUAUGUCUGCUCGGUUAUGCGCACACCCCACCUUUCCCUAAUCCAUGUUCAUAUGAUAGCCUCACCCCCUCCUGUCCUGGAAAGCCUUCGAACCAGGGUGCUGGAGCAGAGACUGGAGCUGGUGCACAGAGCAGCAGGUUUUUGCCUGGAGCAGAGCCGGAGCACAGCUCCAAAGCCCUGCUUCUGACCAUUCAAUGUGAGAACAUGACAAAGCUGCCGCUGAUUUGUGGCUGAAGAAGCUGCACCCUUUGGGCAACUUCCCCUUUUACUAGGCUCUGCUGAGCACGCAGCAUUCCCUCGGGUUCAAACACUUCUAAGCUGUGCAGCUCCUCAUCCAUCAACUUUCAAUUGACUGUUUAGGGAAGUGCUAAAGCCUUGGUCAGCCAACAGUGCGCUGGAAAGGUAAAAGGCUGACACCAGAGAAUCCUGCAUCAAAACGUCUCUUAGCUGCACUCACCCCACCCAGCUCAUUUCUUGCAUGGUCCUGAACUACAGGAAGUUCAGUGAGAGGAUGGAAACAAGUCCUCUCCCCCUUGCACAGAUAGGAAGGAUCCCCUGUAACUUUUAAGGCCUUUGCUCAUCUAAUUAGACAAGUGUUUUCCUCACUAGCAGCUUGCCAUCCUCCAUGCACGUUCUUUAAGCCCGUGCUGGCAUUCUAGAGUUCAGAUCUUUGUGCCAGGCCAAAGCAAUGAGCACAACCUGACUAAGCUGCUCUGAACUGGGACGUCACUCAGAAUUGGUAAGUAGGAUUAUGCCCAAUCUAGUAUCAAAAUAAAGAAACCAAUUUAAAAAAAAAAACCACACCAAAGCCAGCAGGAAAGGCUUAGUAACAUUUAAUAGCAUCUCUGAAGACAACAGUGGUUAGAAAGAUGCUUUUUGGCAGGAAAACAAAAUGCACUUGGUCCAGGUUGCAGAAAGCCAGCUCAAAAAGGAAAGACAGGAAGGCUGGAGCGUCAGACAUUCUGGAGCAGCCCCUGAGCCCUCCUAAAGGGAGCGUUCACAUCACAGCAGUACAGGAAUGUGCUAAUGGAACUGUCUGGGUCCCCUAAUAGCAGAUCUGCCCUCACCACCCACCCCUCAGAGCCUCUUCAAGAGAGCUCUGCACUCUACUGAAGUCGUUUUGUGCAUUUCCUCCUCCCUCUCUCUGGCUGAUGAAGGAAUUCAAACCCUAUUCUUGUGCAGUGCUUCUGCAUGGAGUUUAAACCACAACCCCCCCUUAGCCGUCAGCAUGUCUACAGUCAGAAUGAGAGGCAGGAAGCGCAGGCUGCUGUGUUCGCACAGAACCGCACCUGGUGCUAGGACAAGAGAGGAAGCACACAAUCCCACACCCUUCCCUUCUACAGCACAAGACUCGUUCAGAGGAGAGGGGCGCAGAAAUAGCUAACGGCCUUACUUCAGGUGACUUCCCUUCUACAGAGGCACUGGCAGCUGCAUUGGGAGCCAGGCCCGGCAGUGUUCGAAGGACCGUGCAGUGAUAUCAGAGCUGCUCUGGGGCCCUGUCAGACCAUAUCGGGGUUAGGCAGGAAGAAAUCGCAGGCAGCUGCAAAGA